UGUGUAUGUGUCAGUCGCUGUAAAUGACAGGGUUCCUAUGAUAUUUCUAAUACACCGGUCGGAAUAUUCUUCAAGAUGCCACGGUCCUUUUUGGUGAAGAAACACCUCCCGUGUAGGAAGCCAAACUAUGGAAGGCUGGAUUCUAUGGAACACGAAGUGCAUGCCAGUCAGCCUGAGUUUCCAUACAGUGUCUCCAGUCGUCAGCAGCAGGCCAUCCUGUGCUGGGAAGCGGAGCCGUGCCUCACAGCCUACGCUCCAAGUGCCCUAACAACGCAGAUGGACCUCUUCCACGCGCAAGUGUCAAAGACCAUGCACCACCAACAACCCUCGCAAGCCCCCAGGGUGCAGGAGGAGCAGCACACCUUCUCGUCGCCAGCCCCUCUCCACCACCCUCUCAGGGACCUGCACACGUCUCCAGACCCUCCGAGAUCCAACACGCAUAUCCCCCAACACCUUCACCAAGUACCCAGGGAGGUGGUCGUACCCAGCGGAGCCGCCACGUUCCUUGGGAUGCCCGGCGCCGGCGGCCAGGAGCGCUUUGAGUGCUUCGACUGUCACAAGGCCUACUUCACCUUCUCAGGCCUGGCCAAGCAUCGGCAGCUGCACUGCGAGUGGCAGUGUCACAAGUUCUUCAGCUGCAAGUACUGCGAGAAGGAGUACGUGAGCCUGGGGGCCCUGAAGAUGCACAUCCGCACGCACACGCUGCCCUGCGUCUGCAAACUGUGCGGGAAAGCCUUCUCCAGGCCGUGGCUGCUGCAAGGACACAUACGCACGCACACAGGGGAGAAGCCUUUCUCGUGUCCCCACUGCAGUCGGGCGUUUGCCGACCGUUCCAACCUGCGUGCCCAUCUGCAGACCCACUCGGACAUCAAGAAGUACCAGUGCAGGAACUGCUCCAAGACCUUCUCCAGGAUCUCGCUGCUGUCCAAGCACGAGGAGGCUGGCUGCUGCCCCAUGGCCUAAUGAUGACCAGUAGUGUCAGAGUGAUGCAUCUCUACUUCCUCUUCCAUUGACUUUAGCUGUCAGCAACUAGACUUCUUCUUUGCACUUGAAAACAUUUCACAACUCCUCAUAUCAUGGACAGUCUUCAGCCCUUCAA